UUCCCCGUGGAAACCUUUAGAAGAUCUCCGUCAAAGCCUUGGAAGAAAGGUCCAAUCAGAGGCAAAGGCGGUCCUCUGAAUGCCUCCUGCCAAUACCGGGGAGUGCCGCAAAGGACUUGGGAAAAAUGGGUGGCAGAAAUUAGGGAACCCGAGAAAAGAACCAGACUCUGGCUUGGUUCUUUUGCUACUGCAGAGGAAGCUGCCAUGGCUUAUGAUGAGGCUGCAAGGAGACUCUAUGGACCUGAUGCUUACCUCAAUCUCCCCUACCUUCAACCCAACUCAAAUUCUCAUCCUCCAAACAGAUUCAAAUGGAUUCCUUCAAAGAACUUCAUCUCCAUAUUUCCUUCUUGUGGCCUGCUCAAUAUCAAUGCCCAACCUAGUGUUCAUUUCAUCUUCAUGUGAAUCAGAAACUGAUACUCAGAUCAUAAGCAAGAAGAGCAAGAGCCAGAGCCAAAUAGAAAAUCUGACAACCAAGGAGAAAGAUGUAGAUAUUUCGUCAACAGAGGAAAUGCUGCAGACUGAGGAACCACAGAUUGAUCUAAAUGAGUUUCUUCAGCAGCUUGGAAUAGCGAGAGAGGAAAAGCCCUCACAAACAGAAAGAAUAGCCUUCGCAGAGAAGAGUUUCAACUGGGAUGCUGUGAUACAACUGAAUGGAAUUGGAGCAGAUCAACAAGGAGCCAAUCCCAGCUUCCAUGUUCAUGAUAUUCAAGAGGAGCUAACCUGGCCUACAUCCAUUGGGAACUUCUAAAAUUAGUAAUAAAUAGAUCUCUUGAUCUUUAGUUAAGUUAGUGUGCUAUCUUCUUCAUGCUUCUUUUCUUACAUAUUCCACUGAAGCAAACGAAACAUGAUCCUUUUAUUAUAAAUUUACAAUGAUUGUAUAUAGCAAAAUUUCCUAGAAUCUAUGGGUCUCACUAAACCUUAAGUAAAUCAAUCAACUCAAUAUUUACCAUUCUGAAAUUUGAGAUGUUUCUUAUGAAGUAGAAUGUCAACUGAACCUUACAUUUACACACAAAAAAUUAUUCCCUAUUUUUCAAAAAUAAACCAGUAUUACUUUG